AUGGAAAAACACGCCGCACCUACUCAAAGUAUUAUUCAAAACGACGUCGUGACGGGCACGAUCUUUCAUACAAAAUUCGAUGGAUCUGCUUUUAUCUUCCCUUCGUUGAGGAUUACUUCUUGGCCGACGUUUGCCGCUGCGUGUUUCAUCACCUCCGCGAUUUGUUUGAGUGAGCGUUAUCUGACGUAUCUCAUAUCCACAAAGCGGACACCGUUCCAAAGUCAUAGGCCAGCCGCUAUUGCUCUCUUUCGGUCGGCUAUGUACUGGGUGGUAUCGUUUGAGCGAUUAAUAUACAUGCUUAUUGCAAUGUCAUUCCACCUGGGACUUAUUUUGGCGACCGUAACCUCGCUGAGCAUUGGCCAGUUCUUUAUUGAGCUACAAGAAGCCAAAUCUUCUACAACAGCCACUGAAUCUUACCACCCGCUUCGCGACUCGGUCGAUCUUGACAACGAGCCAUACACCGACCCACCAACAUCCCUUUUCCCUUUUACGCCCAGCUCCCGAGCUGGACAAUCUGAAGUGACGCAAAUUCGCGCGCCUAUUACUGAAACUGGUAUAUCACAAUCUUCACUCCUUACACCUCAUUACCGGGCUCCUCCUCGCAAAGUAGUUGCAUUUGAGGUUUCUGCAAAUACCGAUAUUGGAACCGGGAAUGGAAGGGAGCGUGCGCGUGAAAUCAUGGGUAGAGGAUGA